AUGUCGGACAACACUGUCUCCUUGAACACUUCCACGUCUUCCAUUCAAUUUCGCUUUUCCCCCGCCGCCUCCCUCGACCCAGCCUCCUUCCCCGCCACCCCCGGCCCGGGCUCCAUCCACCCCACCAGCCGGCUGAUCCCGGUUCUCCUCGACGACGGCAGCCCCCUCGGCCUGGACGCGCCCAUCUCGUCGCGCACCCUCGCCGCACGCCUGCGCGCAGAGCACGGUGUGACGAAGUUGGAUGUCGUGCUGGCCAACGCGGGCGGGUCGACGGCGAUGGGGGGCGUGCUGGAUACGGACCCGGAGGAGAUGGUGAGGGAUUUUGGGGUCAAUGCGGUGGGAGAGGUGAGGCUGUUGCAGGCGGUUUGGCCGCUGCUGAAGAGGGCGGAGGGGGAGGAGGGGCUGGGGAAGUUUGUGUACGUGUCGAGUACGCUGGGGAGUAUUGGGCUUUUGGACAGGGAGAGUAUGCCCGGGGUGGCGUAUGGCAUGAGUAAGGCGGCGGCGAAUUGGUUUGCGAAGAAGGUUAGUGUGGAGUUGAAGGGGCAGGUAGUCGUGGGGGUUUUGCAUCCGGGAUGGGUGCAGACAGCGCUGGGUCAGUCGCUGGCUGAUGCGGUUGGGUUCAAGGAGCCGCCGACGACGGCGGAGCAGAGCGCGAAGGGCGUCGUUGAACAGAUUGACAACUGGACUCCUGAGAAGUCGGGCCAGUUUCUGUCCUACCACGGAAACCCUCUCCCUUGGUAG